AUGGGAGCGAGACAAACAAGAUAUCAAAGGCGAUCGGAACGAAGGUCGUUUCGCAAAAUCGAGGUUUGUCACUCCACUUCAAAAAUGCCACACAUCAGCUGGGAAGACCCAAUUCUCUCCACUAGUUCAACGCACAUGCUAUGCACACAUCACAACGACCAAAUCAGUAUCGACUUCACUCAUUAUGCCACGGAAGGUGUUAUUCAACCACUUGGAUUGUCUCAAAUGCUAUUAGACUUGGGGAUACACGACGUCGAGACUUUAGACGCUUUAUGGGUGGCUUAUAUGUUUAGUGCAAAGGACUUUACUAUCACAGCUGUGGAAUUUAGAAAGUGCCUCGAACGAUUCGGGGCGACGUCCCUUGAGAAGUUCAAAAAGAUGAUUCCAAAGAAUCAACUCGAAGACAAAGACAUCGCGAGAAAGCUAUUUGUCUAUGCAUUUGAGUGUAACACGGGAUAUCGACAAACUCGUAUUGAAAAGAUUGACGCUAUCUAUUUACUCGAGUUGUUCUUUGGCAAAGAGAAUCCACAAGUCAUUCGCUUCAUUCAAUUCCUUAACUUGGAGUCUACAAAGAAACUGACAAAGGACGACUGGAAUAAUUUGUACGACUUCAUUCAAACCGUCGAUUAUGAACUUUUAAAUUAUGACGACUCAGGUAACUCGUCGUGGCCAUUAGUUUUCGACACUUAUGUGGAAUACACUAAACAACACACGUUAUCAAAUUAA